AUGAGCAGCGCCAACAGGACCCAGGCGUCCACUCCGAAGCGUGCCUCCAAGAUGCCGUCUAACCAGAACCUGAACUUAAAUCACCUUCUGAACUUCACCUUACCUCCUCGACAGACGCAGCCGGCGAACAAUCUGCCGCGCAGGAGCAGGAAGACGGCGAAUCAUGGGGUAUGGAACAAGGAGCGCUUCGUCAAUGCCCAGUAUCGGUUCGUGAUGAACCCAACGGGCGACUAUACGGUCCACUUUGCUGACCCAGAUAUCUUCUUCCAAUGGCAGGAUAUUCUGCAGGUCAUUAUUCCUCGUUCUUCGGCACUGGCUUCUGCUGGUGCUGGAAUAAGUCAGGAAGAGGGCCACACAUCCUGCCCAAUCUGUUUGGCCCCUCCAACUGCACCUCGGAUGACCAAGUGCGGUCAUGUAUAUUGUUACCCCUGUAUCCUGCACUAUCUGAAUACAUCGGAUAACAAGUGGGCAAGAUGUCCCAUCUGCUUCGAUUCCGUCAACGAGAAGCAGCUGAAGAACGUCAAGUGGUUCGACGGCCCUACCCAUUCAUAUGACGACGAACCAGGGGACGACGCCCCUUCGGCUUCUUCGUCCGUGGCGGACAACACACUAUCAGCUACCCCUCGCGAAGGCGCCCUUCUGCGAAUGCGCCUCAUGCAACGUCCUCAGAUUACUACCUUGGCUCUCCCAAGGUCUCAUACAUGGCCGUCGGACCUCCUUCCGCCUCACCAAGCGCCAUUUCACUUCCUUCCCGACGUGUACGAUUACGCGAAGUUCAUGCUCGCUACGCCAGCAUACCUCAUCCAAGAUUUGACCCAAGAUCUUGACGAGCUUAUGGCGGAACGUCGCACGCUGGCUAGCACCAACGAUGAGCUGGGUAUCGUUUUCGUCGAAUCCGCUGAAGCCAAGAUUCAUCAGCAAAUUGUGAAAGCAUCUGCCCUUGAAUCACCUCACAUCAAAGCCUUGAUCAAUAAAGCUCGCCACGAACAGCGCGAGAUCGAGCAACGUUUCGCUGAUCAAGAGCGCGCGAAGCAAUACGAGGUAGACCCGGCUCUCGAUCCGUCUGCUGAGAUCCCAGAGGAAUUUUUAGCUACUCGGUCUACUGGUUUCUUUGCGCCUCCCACACUAGCGAGAAUCGAUGUCGUUCAACCACCGCCAUCUCCUAAUCCCAAUCGAGCGACACCCAAGCAGCGCCGUAACAUUAACCCUCCACCACCCUCCACAUCUACAUAUUACUACUAUCAGGCGGCAUCUGGACUGCCUAUCUUCCUUCACCCUCUGGACAUCAAGAUCCUUUUCUCUCAUUUCAACAGCUACGCGUCUUUUCCUGAUGUUAUCACUCUACGUGUGGAGGGUCUCUCUGAGGGAUCGGUCAACGACGAUCUGCGAAAGCGCUGUAAGUACCUUGGCCAUCUUCCUGAAGGCGCGGACGUCGUCUUUGUCGAGGCCGAUCUAGAAGGCGUCGUAGGCAAGGAGGGUUUGAAGAACUUCGAAGGACCUUUGAGGAUGAGGCGGUCUAGACGUAAGGAGAAGGGCAGGAAGGACGACCGAGCUAAAGCACGGGCAGAGGAACGUGACAGAGAGCGUGAUAGGGAAACGAGGAACGCGACGAAUGGUCAGCAUUCAGUGCGGGUUGACAGCCAUACCUAUAUGGCUGCCUACGACUUACCCGCCGAAGUUGCACUGUCGGAAGCACAGCCGACAGAAGUGCAAGACAGCGCUCCACCCCCAGUAUCUGGGGCAUGGGGUGCGAGAAGCUUUGCGUCUGCUUUACACUCUGCUCCUGGUAGUACGCCGAGGGCUCGUCAAGGUCCGUCACGCCGUGAGGCUGCUCAGCAAGAUGAGUGGGACAUCGACGUCGCUUGGCACGAACUUGAGAGGGGCAACACCGGUGGAGGUGGAGGAGGGCGCAAGAAGAGGGGAACUAAACUAGUAGUUCUAGGAAGUGGUGCGGGCGGUAGACGGCGCUGA